GGAUUCACCACGUCAAUCUGGUAAAACUCAUUGGAUUUUGUGCCGAAAAGACCCAAAGACUUCUGAUCUAUGAACAUAUGGUAAAUGGAUCACUAGAUAGAUGGAUUUAUCAUAAAGAUGAAGAAAAUGGGCUUAGAUGGCGUAUAAGGCAAAGGAUUAUAACAGAUAUUGCCAAAGGAUUAGCUUAUCUUCAUGACGAAUGCAGCCAGAAGAUAAUUCAUUUGGACAUCAAACCACAAAAUAUCCUUCUAGGUAAAAACUUCAAUGCUAAGAUAUCUGACUUUGGUCUGUCGAAACUGAUCGAUAAAGACGAAAGCAAAGUGGUAACUAGGAUGAGAGGAACACCAGGGUAUUUGGCUCCUGAAUGGUUGAGGUCUGUAAUCACUGAGAAAGUUGACGUGUAUGCCUUUGGAAUUGUGCUCUUGGAGAUUUUGUGUGGGCGAAAGAAUUUUGAUAGGUCCCAAGCUGAUGAGAAUGUCCAUUUGCUAAGUGUUUUCGAAACAAAAGCGGAACAACUACAGCUUAUGGAUAUUGUUGACAAAAACAAUGAGGAUAUGCAGAUCCACAAAGAAGCAGUGACAGAAAUGAUGAGCAUUGCUGCGUGGUGUCUACAGGGAGAUUUCACCAAGAGACCUUCCAUGUCAUUAGUGGUUAAGGCAUUGGAAGGUUUGGUGUCUGUUGAAACAAACUUGGAUUACGAUUUCACAAGCCUACCCGAGGUUGAGGAUGACAACCGACAGAGGGAAGACACUAUUAGUUUAAUAUUGCCUUCAAUUUUAUCCGGUCCAAGGUGAAGAACUAGCUUAAGAGGUUGUGAGUUCCACUUUUUUUUUUCUUUUCCAUGGUCUAUUUCUUCCUUUGUAUUUCCAUGUGAAGAAACCUUCCUCGUUUUAUUCCUAUUGGAAAUUAGUUAGUUGUUAUAUUCAAUUUAGUUAGUUAGUUUGUAUAGUUAGUUACAUUGAUAAAUGUGUAGUAACUAAAUUCUGUUUUAGGAUAUCAUCAUAUCAUAUAUAUAUUAUUAUAAGCAUGAAGCUCAAAACUUAAAAGUUGAAUUAUCAUUUUGCC